UUCUUUUCAAAAAAAAAAGAAAAAGAAAAAUUACUGUCAUAUCAUAUCAAAAAUGGAGAAAAUAGUAAACCCUAAUGUUCAUCAUAUUAUUACAUUUAUAUCAAUGUUUGUUUUCUUGGUGGUGAGGGCUUCGGGACAAGGUACGAGGGUGGGGUUCUACUCCCGGACCUGCCCUCGGGCGGAGUCCAUAGUCCAGGCGACGGUGAGAUCCCAUUUCAAUGGUAACAGGAACAUUGCUCCGGGACUUCUUAGAAUGCUCUUCCACGACUGCUUCGUCAACGGCUGCGACGCCUCCAUUCUCAUCGACGGGGCCGGGACCGAGAAGACCGCCGGACCUAACCUUCUCCUUAGAGGCUACGAAGUCAUCGACGACGCCAAGCAGCAGCUCGAAGCCGCCUGCCCCGGCGUCGUCUCCUGCGCCGACAUCCUCGCCCUCGCCGCCCGCGACUCCGUCGUCCUCACUGGCGGAGCAAGCUGGGCUGUGCCGACGGGACGGCGGGACGGGCGGGUCUCAUUGGCCAGCGAUACUUCCAACCUGCCGGGCUUCACAGACUCCGUCGAUGUCCAGAAGCAGAAGUUUCUAGACAAGGGCCUCAACACCCAGGACCUCGUCACCCUCGUCGGCGGGCACACGAUCGGCACGACGGCGUGCCAGUUUUUCCGGUACCGGCUGUACAACUUCAACUCGAGCGGCGCCGCCGAUCCGUCGAUGAGCGCGGCGUUCGUGGCGGCGAUGCAGGCGGCGUGUCCGUCGGACGGCGACGGUUCGCGGCGGGUGGCGCUGGACGACAGGAGCGAGAACCGGUUCGAUAACUCGUUUUUCGCAAACGUGAGGGACGGUCGGGCCGUGCUCGAGUCGGACCAGCGGCUCUGGGGUGACUCGGCGACUCGGACCGUGGUCCAGCGGUACUUGGGCCUGCGUGGCCUGCUCGGGCUCACCUUCGGGGUCGAGUUCGGGAGGUCCAUGGUCAAGAUGAGCAAUAUUGAGGUCAAGACAGGGGCAAAUGGGGAAAUUCGCAGGGUCUGCUCCGCCGUCAAUUGAUAUUUGAUACCAUUCCAUAUGUAUAAUUAAUUAUGUAGAUUUUGUGGCGUAUAUGUGUGUGAGAAUAGUGUUGUUUUGUUAAUUAAUAAUAUGUUUGACGUAUGUUGUAGUAAUAUGGCGAUUCCUUCUUUUAGCAAUGAUUAAUAAAUUACGGAUUUAGAAAAUGUUUGUUUUGUCUAUAGU